AUGACGACGCCACUUGCGAAUACUGGCGACAGGCAAUGGAAGGUGCAUUACCCGAGUGGAAUUGGCAUGUCAAACAGCUGCAAGAGGCAUGGGAAACACAGCCUACAUAACCAUAAAGGAGAAGGAAUCACAGAGACACAAAUGUCUCCCACGAGCCCACACAAACGUCUGGAGUUAUUCUGGCUCCCUGUCUCAAAGCUGUCACACUCCAGUUUAGUACAGCGAGGUGGCGAUGAACCAGAGCAUGGAUGUUGCCAUGUUGAUGAAUCUUUUUCGGGGCCUGCUGAAUGGUUGGAAGGCAUUGCAGCGGAAAUACAGUGCCAUCCUCGCAUUCAUCAACAAAACAAAAAGAGAUGGUUGGUACACACCUCCCUCAAGAGAUUGAAUCACAUUCCAAGCGGAGGAGUCAUAACAAGGCAGAGUGGCGCUAGUCGAACUUCAGGCACCUCACAACACAUAGCAUUGGGUGACCCGCGUUGCACAGUCCGUAGUAGUAAGAAGGCCGCAGAGCUCCUUCUCCUGCCUACUCGAAUAGAAGACAACACCAAAAAAGCGUGA